GCUGUUCAACUUCAUCCGUCCCAUUGCGGCACCGGAAGGCGGAGGUUCUCUGUUUUGUUUUUGUUUUUGAAUCUUUGUCUGUAAAUCACUAAAUCCAAUUGAAGAUAUGGAGUUGGAUCCAAAGAAGUUUGCUCAACUAUUGGAAAAAAUUGAAGCUGAAGCUGAUGAGUUCCUACUAGCUCGAAAUCAGAUGGUGGAGAAUGACAAGGAGAGGAAUGCAAACCGAGAGGCUCUUACAGCACUUAGGAAGAGAGCUCGGACAACUAAGACUAGUGUUCUUUCUCCAUUCGAUUCCAUGAUGAAGGAUAUACAUAGUAGCUCAAGCAAACCUUUGGUCCAAGAAGUUUGCUCUACGUGUGGAUCCCAUGACUCUAGUGAACCCACUUGGAUGAUGCUACCAGGAGCUGAUCUAUUUGCUGCAGUUCCCUUCCAUGCUGUGCAUACAAUGCUAGAGAAAGAUGAAGAGAAACUGGAGUUUGAAUCGAAGAAGUUGCAGAGCUUAGUGAAGGAGAAGGCACUUUUUAUAUCGGAACUAGGUGCUCUUGCUGAUAAUACGUCCCCAGGCGUUAUCAGAUCGUUGGUGGCGUUAAAGGACAACAAACCUUUAGUUAACUAGAAGUGGAACAAUGUUGGGUUAUUAUUAUGUAUUACCAACGGCUACGACGUUAUCCAUUUGUGAUGUUGAAGUUUUGAUGAAUGUCCUUUACGUUAUGAAAAUUCAUAUAUUGGAAACGUCAUCAUGCUUAUUAAAAUCACAAUAUUUCCUUGUUUGUUUUUGUUAA